GCGGCGGCUCUGGGCAGCUCGUCGGACUCGCCGUCCGCGGCCGUGGCCGAGCUCUGCCAGAACACCCCGGAGAUCUUUCUGGAAGCCUCCAAGCUGCUGCUCACCUACGCUGACAACAUCCUCAGAAACCCUGAUGAUGAAAAAUACAGAUCUAUCCGGAUUGGAAAUGCAGCUUUUUCUACUCGACUCUUGCCUGUCAGAGGGGCUGUUGAAUGUCUAUUUGAAAUGGGAUUUGAAGAGGGAGAAACACAUCUUAUCUUUCCCAAAAAAGCAUCAGUGGAGCAGCUGCAGAAAAUUCGUGACCUGAUUGCCGUGGAGAGAAGUAGCAUUUUGGAUGGAUCUGAUAAAAGCCACAGGGCGGAAUUAUCUCAGCAACCCACAGCCUCCGCCCAGCCUCCUGCAGUGCAGCCUUCAGACGCUGCCGGGUUGAGCCAGCGUCCGGGUCAUGGUGAAGGGCAGUCACCCGCUGCCCCGGCGGCGGCACCGACGGUUAUUGCUAAUUCACCCAUUCUAAAAGCGCUUCAGACCAACCUGCAGCAGGUGCUGCUCUAUGAGGAUCUGGCUCUCCAGGAGAAAGCCCUGGCGUGCAUUCCAGUCGAAGAGCUGAAGAUGAGAUCCCAGGAAAAGUCAUCGAGAGCCCGAAGACUCGAUAAAGGAACUGUUCUCAGCAACGAGGAUUUCCUGCUGCUGGAGCUCUUGCACUGGUUCAAGGAGGACUUUUUCCACUGGGUAAAUUACAUCCAGUGCAGCAUAUGUGGUGGCCAGACCAGGUCUCGGGGUGAGUCGCUGUCCCCCAAUGAUGAGGAGCUGUUUUGGGGUGCACACAGAGUGGAAGACCAUUACUGUGAUGUGUGCCAGUUCAGCAAUCGCUUCCCCAGAUAUAAUCACCCUGCGAAACUUCUGGAAACACGAUGUGGACGGUGUGGCGAGUGGGCCAAUUGCUUUACACUGUGUUGUCGAGCUCUGGGGUUCGAAGCUCGCUACGUCUGGGAUUACACAGACCACGUGUGGACAGAGGUCUAUUCUCCUGGUCAGCAGCGGUGGCUACACUGUGACGCGUGUGAGGAUGUGUGUGACAAGCCACUCCUUUACGAAGUGGGAUGGGGCAAGAAGAUCUCCUACAUUAUAGCAUUUUCUAAAGAUGAGGUGGUUGAUGUCACCUGGCGAUACUCUUCCAAACAUGAAGAAGUCAUCUCUAGAAGAACUGAGAUUAAAGAAGAAUUACUUCGAGAAACUAUUAAUGGACUUAAUAAGCAGAGGCAACUGUCUUUGUCUGAAAGCCGAAGGAAAGAGCUGCUUCAGAGGGUAAUCGUGGAGCUCGUUGAAUUCAUAUCUCCUAAAACCCCGAAGCCUGGAGAACUGGGCGGAAGGGUGUCGGGAUCUGUGGCCUGGAGAGUAGCCCGCGGGGAAAUCGGACUAGAGGCGAACGAGACGCUGUUCAUCCCCUCUGAAAACGAGAUGAUUUCUAAAGAGCUCCACCUUUGCUACAACGUUGUGGACGACAGCUACGUCCGCGUGUCGGACAACAAUCAGACCAUUUCUGGGUGGGAGAAUGGUGUGUGGAAAAUGGAGUCCGUGUUCAGAAAAGUGGAGACCGACUGGAACAUGGUGUAUUUAGCCAGAAAGGAAGGCACAUCCUCGGCUUACAUUUCCUGGAAGUUUGAGUGUGGAUCAGUCGGUCUCAUCAUAGACAGCAUUUCUGUCCGGACAAGUAGUCAGACCUUUGAGACGGGCUCCGUGCAGUGGAGACUGCGCUCGGAUGAGGUGCAGGUGGAACUGGAGGGAGAUAAAAAGCUGCACUGCUAUCAUGAUUUUUUUGGUGUCACUGAAGUUAUUUUGGAAGCAGAAUUAAGCAGAGGAGAUGGGGAUGUUGCUUGGCAACACGCGCAGCUGUUUAGACAAAGCCUAGAUGACCAUGAAGAGAAUGGGUUGGAGAUAAUUAUAAAAUUCAGUGACCUUUGA